GAGCCAAGUUCGAAUGUCCACGUCCCCACGUCCACGGUUUCUCCUUCGGUUUCCUUUCGUUUCCUUCCUACAACACCGUGCCCGUGUUCCAUGUUCAUGUCCGUGGAUUCGAAAACGACCGAGGGUGGCCGAAUUUCGCCGAGUCUGCUUAACGAACAAUAUGGCGGCCGUGGCAAAGUUUUCGCCGCCCGUAUGAGGGAUUCGCGUUGCCCGAGAUCGAGCGGUUGACGGUACAAAUAGAUCGUCCAGUGACCCUGGCCGGGUCGCUUUGAAAAAAUCGCGAGUGGAAAUUCGUGAGUGUGGUGGCAAGUAGAAACAGCCCGAUGCGGGUCGCGUGCAGGUCUCGUAACGCAAAUCAUGACUUCGAUGCUGUCCAGCUUUAACCCGCCUAUCGUUAAACGAUUGCUGGGUUGGAAAAAGUCCGAGGGCGAGGACAAAUGGAGUGAAAAAGCUGUGAAAAGCCUGGUGAAAAAGUUAAAGAAGUCGACUGGCCUCGAGGAGCUCGAAAAAGCGAUCACCACGCAGAGUUGCAACACCAAGUGCAUCACUAUACCAAGGCCUAGCCCGGGCGGAGUCGGCGACAACGGUGUCCAAGGAGCUCGCGGCAAGGGUCUGCCGCACGUGAUCUACUGCCGUCUCUGGCGUUGGCCGGAUCUGCAGUCGCAUCAGGAGCUGAGAGCGAUCGAGCACUGCGAGUACGCGUUCACGCAGAAACGGGACGAGGUCUGCGUGAAUCCGUACCACUACCAACGAAUACAAACGCCAGUUUUGCCAGCUAUUCUCGUGCCGCGGCACAACCUCGCCGGGGACGAGUCCGUCCUCUAUAAUACCUCCCUGGAGGAGCUGAGCGUCAGCGUGCCGGAGAACACGAGCUUCCACGCGACGCUGAACCACCAGCACCACAAUCAACAGGGUAUACCGCAGUCUCCCCAGCAACAGCAACAGCAGCAACAGCAACAGCAACAGCAACAGCAACAGCAGCAGCAACAGCAGCAGCAACAACAACAACAACAACAACAACAACAGCAGCAGCAACAGCAGGCGAACAAUCCCUAUCAAGCGAUGCAGAGUAUGCAAGCGACGAGUCCGGCGAGCGUGGGGAGCCUAGGAAGCGUCCAAGGUUCACCGCAUCCGGCGCCCGGAUCCAUGGAUCCUCCCGCGGACACACCGCCCCCGGGAUACAUAAGCGAGGAUGGCGACAACAUGGAUCACAACGACAACAUGUCUUUGUCGCGCUUGUCUCCCAGCCCCGUCGACGCGCAGCCGGUUAUGUACUGCGAGCCCGCGUUUUGGUGUUCGAUAAGCUACUACGAGCUGAACACGAGAGUAGGCGAGACCUUCCACGCGUCGCAACCGAGCAUCACGGUCGACGGGUUCACCGAUCCCAGUAACUCCGAGCGCUUCUGUUUGGGCCUGUUAUCGAACGUGAAUCGCAACACCGUGGUCGAGCAGACGAGACGACAUAUCGGCAAAGGAGCCAGGCUUUAUUACAUCGGUGGCGAGGUGUUCGCGGAGUGUUUGUCCGAUUCGAGCAUAUUCGUUCAGAGUCCUAACUGUAACCAGCGCUACGGUUGGCAUCCGGCCACCGUUUGUAAAAUACCACCCGGCUGUAAUUUGAAGAUCUUCAACAACCAGGAGUUCGCCGCGCUGUUGUCCCAGUCGGUGUCCCAAGGGUUCGAGGCGGUAUACCAGCUAACUCGGAUGUGCACGAUUAGGAUGAGCUUCGUGAAGGGCUGGGGCGCGGCGUAUCGGCGGCAAACGGUGACAUCCACCCCCUGUUGGAUCGAACUGCAUUUAAACGGUCCGUUGCAAUGGUUGGACAGGGUGCUGACGCAGAUGGGCUCGCCGCGUCUACCCUGUUCCUCGAUGUCAUAAAAUUGUACAUUUCUCUCCUUCCUGGACACGAGACACAGCAAAGAGACGAUCCGCGUGCCGCCCAUGACGCCAGCGUCGCCGUCGUUGAUCGGUUUUCUUUCCACAGCGAAUCGGACUGUUUUCCAUUCGAAUUCUCCGCGAUAGUUGACGCCACACGGUCGGCCAACAAACAAAUAAACGAAAAGAGAAGACGCGA